ACCAGCCCAUCAGUCAUAUCCUGGCAGGCGACACGGUGGAUCGUAAUUAAAAAAUAAUAAAUUCGAUUUUUAAUUUAAAAAUGUGUAAUUUGGUGUUUACAGUGCUGUAUGUGGCCGCGUUUGUGGCGCUGGUGAAGUGUGGCAGUGUCGAGAGCAGGGAUUUUGGAAGCGAUGAGUCGAGCGUUGCCGUCGUCGGCCGUACGUUCGGGCACAACGCGCUCAAGCGGCUCUCCUUCAUCUUCCUGCCGGUGAUGUUCACUCUGGGGGUCAUCUCCACGCUCCUCAUGGCGCUGGCCGUCAUCUCCGUGAAGAACCUGGCCAUCGGGGUCAUGCUGCUCAUUGUGGCCGUCAGCCAGGCAGUAUCCAGGCUGUUCGCCGUAGCGCCGGCGCCAGCGCCCCUGGUGUUCCACCCCCGUGCCGAGUUCCUGCCAGCCCCAGCCGUGGCGGCGCCCUGGCCGGCCCCGGGCCCGCUGCUCUCCCCGUGGGGCAGGUCCGACAACGACGCCGUCAUCACCGACUAAGGCCGAGUUUCACCAUACUCUGUUACAUUAAAACAAGGGAU